CCAUUUUGCUCAUGGAGAGCAGUGUGCUGUAUUGUGCCGUUCUAUAUUCCUGAUUAAACAAACAAACAAAAAAAUCUAUUGAAAGGUAGCGUAGGAGGCAGCAGCUCUCGCUGAUAAUUACUAAAGCUGAGAAUGCCUUCAAGCUCCCAUUUUGACGAGCUGCUGAUUGCUGUUCCUAUGAGCUGAUCUCAGAAGAUGGAAUGCAGGCUGAUAAUGCUGCAUGUCCUUUAUCAGGCAGUGGAGUAGGUUUUUUUGUCUUGCAAAGGCAAGGUUUCCCCCUGCAUCGUUAUCUGCAUGGCUCAAUACUAGUUGUGUUUCCAGAGAAAGCUCAGUGACCCAAAAGAAGGGUGUAGCCCUUUAGAGAGCUGGGCUUUUUUAAACAAGCCGACAGUAGCAGCAGCAGUGUAGUAACAAGGUGUAUUGCUGCUGGGCUGUGUGCUGCAUGCCGCAUCCCCCCAUCUCAGGUUUACAAGACCCUAACCGAGCAGAAUCACUGCUGCCUUUGGACUAAGGCAUCCUAUACUACUACUGCACAGCUCAUACUGGAGCCGCUUGGAUUUGCCCAAGAGCGAAACUCACAGAGCUGACUGAAUCCUUGUGCCCAGGAGCAGGGAUCCCCCCUACCUGCGCUGCACUCGCCCUGAGCACUCAAAGCACCUGCUCGGCAAACUGAAGACCUUUCAAUUUGCAGCUUCAAGAUGAAUACAGAUAGCGGUGGAUGUGUUCGCAAACGUGCUGCAAUGUCUGUUACACUAACAGCUGUGAAGAGAGCGCAGAGUUCUCCAAAUCUUUUGGCUUCAGGUCAAGAUUCUCAUCCAUUGGAUUCAGAUGUCUGGAGGUCAUAUAAUGAUUCCCUCAAAGAUGGUCUCAAUGGUGAUUCAGGUGGUUUUUCCCUUGCAGCCAAAGGUUUUAGAAGUGUCCGGCCAAACUUGCAAGAAAAUAGAUCGCCAACACAGGUCCCUCUGCCUCCUCCAAGGAAAGGAAGCUAUUACAGAUCAACUAAUUACCCGCAGGGUGAUGAUAAUGAAAACUCGGUACCCACAAUGCUAACCCAAUCACUAACAAACAAGGAAAGCAUCAUGUAUUCUGCUAAGUCGAGCAAAAAUAUCAUGCAGACUCAUACCACUACUAACCCUCACACUUCUUUCUCCAAAUUAAAUAUGAAAGCUGAGGAUACAAAUAGUAAGCUCAUUCAACAUGACAGCAGUCAGGAUUCCAAACAACGGAGAGUUUCCACUCUUAAAUUAAUCCUUACAGAAUCCCCUACAAAUAAAACUCAAUCUAAUAUGCACUUUAUUAAAGACAGUGCUCCACUAGCUCCAGCACCACCUCCCACAAUAAUAUCAGAGGCCCAUAGGCAAUCACUCGAAAAGCACACAGCUCCUCUGGCACUGGCGAUAGCUUCCAACCUUGCUACAAAGACAGAAGACAAACCAGAAAGUCACCGAUGUUCUACAGCACAUUCUACUGAUACAUUCAAUGUACCCGCUGCUUACUAUUUUGGACACGCGACUGCAGUUCCUUCUGCGACAUGGUCUACAGAGUCCCAAGUGACUCCAGUAACCAUUAAUGGAAGUUCAGGCAGUCCGGCUAGUCCAAUGAGCCACUAUCAGAGGACAUUUUCUCCAUCUCCAACAUACCCCUCUUCACGUUCUCUAAACUCCAGCAUGGUCAUGCAGCAUGGUGUCAUCAUGGAUUCCACUGAGUCAUAUUCCCAGCAGUUCCCAUCAGAUGUGAGCAGAAGCAGCAGUACCAUACCAAUAUGCAGGAUUUCAGAGGAAGAGAAGAAAGUCACAGUAAUUAAGGCACCGCACUAUCCAGGAAUUGGUCCUAUUGAUGAGUCUGGAAUCCCAACAGCAAUUAGAACGACAGUUGACCGACCAAAGGAUUGGUACAAGACCAUGUUCAAACAGAUUCACGUGGUUCAUAAACCAGACAAUGACAUGGAUUUUCCUAGCACAGCCUAUGCAUACAGUGCAGACAAUUACAGUGCAACUCUUCCUUCGUUUUCACAUACUGCUGCAAAGACACAUACAUACCGGCCUCUCUCUAAAAGUGUCUCAGACAAUGGCACUGAUGUAUUCCGAGAGUCAUCCCCUCUUUCUCCUCCUCCUGUUCCAGUGCCUCCUCCAGCUGUGCCUCUUAGACCACAGGAGCAAUCCUCCCUUGAUAGGAAUGAAUGGGAGCCACCUGACAGAAAAGUAGAUACCCGCAAGUUUCGCUCUGAACCAAGAAGCAUCUUUGAAUAUGAGCCGGGAAAAUCAUCUAUCCUUGAACAUGAGCGGCCGAAUGGGCGCAUUAAUCCAGAUGAGAUAGAUUUAGAAAAUGAGCCAUGGUAUAAAUUCUUUUCAGAGCUGGAAUUUGGACGUCCGCCUCCUAAAAAGAUAUUGGAUUGUUUUCAAGAGAGCUCCCUUGGUGUGCCUACAGAGACCUCAUUGUACCAGCCUUCAAUAGACAAAGGAAUAGAGAGACCUUCCAGUUCAGCAAGUGACUACAGAAAGAGAAGGAAGUCUGAGCCCAGUGUGAGCCACCAGAGAUCCCACAGCGACCAGAAUGCAAACAGAAAUACCCUAAGCCGCAUAGAUAUUCAGAGCAAAAACACUACCCCAAGAAAUCCCUACAUCAACUCUUCUCCUUCUUCUCCCUCAAGGGCAAAAGGUGGGGAUGUUAGCAGAAUGUAUCCACCCCUGUUUGCGUACUCAGUUCCCAAACAAAAUGGCUCCAAUGGGUUAGAUUACUGUGGCAGCUACAGUCAACAUUUAGCGGUGCCCAAUGAUACAGCACGGCCUAUAAACUUUAAGAAUGGCUGGCAGAUGACCCGUCAGAAUGCUGAAGUUUGGAGUAGCACCGAGGAGACAGCAUCGCCGAAAAUAAAGUCAAGGAGCUGCGAUGAUUUGUUGGCAGAGGACCACAUCAAUUUUUGUAACACCCAGACCAAAUCGGAGAGCAUGGGGUCCCUACUGUGUGAUGAGAAAUCUCCACAAAAUAUUCCUUUGGCCUGGGGUAAUUCCUGUGCUUCGAAACAACCCAGAGUUCGUCACAGAUCGGCUCAUGACACCCCUGGUUUCCUAAAACUGUAUAAAAAAAUGCAUCGUAUAAAUCGCAAAGAUCUAUUAAAUUCUGAAGUGAUCUGUUCUGUGAAAUCUCGGAUAUUACAGUAUGAACAGGAACAACAGAAGGGCUUAUAUUCAGGGUGGAGGGCCGACUCAGAAGAAGUGCCAAGAGAUAUGGUUCCAGCUAGGAUAUCAGCGUUCGAACAGCUGAUUAAAAAAUCCAAAUCUAUGCCAAAUUUAGGGGAUGAAAUGUUUUCGGCAGUCAGCUUAGAUAUUUCUACAAAUAGUUCUUAUCCAAAGCGACGAUUCUCUAUCGAAUCUCUGCUGGAUGAAGAAAGCCAAGAAAUGCAUGUUUCUCAGGUACAGCACAAUGGCAAAACCAAAAGCCUUGUGCCAGUACAUAUCGAUGUAACAAGUGAUCAGAUAGCAAGGUCAAAUAUGGACUUUUCUGACAGUGACCCAGAUGCUGUUGUUUCAGACCUGAGUGACUUUAUCCAGAUGGAGGGCUCCUCCUUUUGCAGUGAAAGUGAUUUUGACCACUAUUCGUUCACAUCUUCCGAAAGCUUUUACGGGUCUGGACAUCAUCACCACCACCACCAUCACCACCACCACCAUCAUCGGCACCUCAUUAAUUCUUACAAAGGAAGAUGCCCAGCAUCAUGCACACGCUUCACCACCAUGCUAAAACAUGAAAGGGCUAAACAGGAGAAGAUCGAGUCUCCAAGAAAACAUGAAUUAGAUUCAGGUCUUUCCAAAAUUGCAUUCCUUGUCAGCCCAGUGCCUUUUCGUAGGAAAAAGAGCGCAACUCCAAAAAGGCAAGCCGAGAAAACAAUAUGUAAAGCUUCUGUCUUUGAAGCGUUGGAUUCAGCUCUCCAGGAUAUCUGUGACCAAAUAAAAGCAGAGAAGAGACGAGGAAGCUUGCCUGAUAACAGCAUCCUGCACAGACUAAUUAGUGAGCUUCUUCCCGAUGUUCCUGAAAGGAACUCAUCCCUAAAAGCUUUUCCUCUUUCCACUCCGCUGCCUCAAGAUGGUGCUAUUCAUUACCCAGUGUUCCGAAAUGAUUGUGAAUCCCCUCCUGACGGUAUUGCCUAUCCCGACAUGGACACUACUAACAACAAUGCCCAAGAAAAUUCUUUUUGUUUUCAAGCUGCUCCAGAGUCUCCCCACAACUAUUCCUCUGCUUUCACCAAUGUUACCCAAAGCGCCACAAGAAAGGGAGCCCAAGAGAGAGAGCCUGCUCGAGCUGUGUAUGACUUCAAAGCACAGACUCCAAAAGAACUGUCUUUCAGUAAAGGCAAUACAGUCUACAUCCUCAGGAGAAUAGACAAGAACUGGUAUGAAGGGGAACACCAUGGGAGAAUAGGGAUAUUUCCGGUUUCCUAUGUUGAGAAAAUUACCCCGACAGAAAAAUCACAGCCAAGACGCCCCCCUCCUCCAGCACAGGCACGAGAGAUCGGAGAGGCAGUGGCCAAAUACAAUUUUACUGCUGACACAAACGUGGAACUUUCACUCAAGAAGGGUGAUAGAGUUUUGCUUCUUAAGCAAGUUGACCAAAACUGGUAUGAAGGUAAAAUUCUGGGAACUAACAGACAGGGGAUCUUCCCUGUGGCCUAUGUGGAGAUCAUAAAAAAGGGUUCGUCCAAAAGUGCUGGGCAUUCACCCCAUUGUCCAGUACCUCAGAGCACUUCAAGCAACAGGAUACACAAUUCAAGUCCAGCCACAUCAUCUGCAACUAAGAGUCUCCGUACUCCACCUCAUACUCUAAGGCCUGACUCAGCUUCCUGUACAGCCACUAGUAAGGGGAAAUUACAUGCUGUCACCAGUGAAUGGUUAAAUUUGACUGUUGGCUUUUCACCAUCAACUACACCUGCCCCAACCCUACCGCCUUUCCCUGACCAAUUUCUUUCCAGUGCAGAGAAGCCCAGCUCUUUGCCAUUAACUUUAAUCCAGUCCGAACCAUUUUGUUCCAAUAAUUUUUCUUCCAGCGUUAAAGAAGGACAUUUUGUUCCAUUAACAUCGCCAAAGACCAUUUCAAGUUGUCACCUCCCUGUACCUCCACUCUUUCCUGACGCAGUAGUUUCCAGUCCCAUAGUUCAACAGAUUGAAAUCCCUGUAAAGCCUUUAACUAAUAGUGAUAAAUGCCUAAAAGAAGAGACUUUUGUUGCACAGUCAGGUAUACAAGGACUACCCUGUGGCAAAGAAGCCACUGCAACCGUUCCAGACACUUCUAAUGCAUCAGAGCUGGUAGCUGCAGAGCCAAUCCACAUAGAGUCCACUACAAACCCUCUGUCUCCCAAACACCUACCAUUGGUGGAUGACCAGGAAGAGGAAAUCUGUGUGGAGCUGCUGUCAAUCAUCGAAGGUCAGAUGAAAACUCAAGACUCAGGGUUUUAUAGGUGUGUACCUGAUGCAGAACAACUUCCAACUCUCCACAUUGAGGAAGAUGGAACAAGUGAAAACCUAAUCGCUCCAGUAAAAAUCAUAACGCAUCCUAUUGCAGGUCAUGAAGAAUGUCCGUCCAGUUCUAAUGCAGAGCUUUCUUCCAGCCAUCCAUUUCAUGCCACCAGCAUUCCUCCAUCUGAAUCUGUAUGUUCACAUCCUACUGUGUCUCCGUUUUCCUCUUCUUUAACCAAAUUCACAACCAGACAGGAGUCACAAUCCCCAAGGUCAAAGACAAUUUUUAAAAGUGACCUAGUAGUUGUUGGUAAGCCUCCUCGUAGUCUGGUGAUGUCUAGAAAGACCUGCAAUUCACCAGUGAAAAGUCCCAGCAUCACACAUAGGUGCCCAGUGUUUACUCAUGAAAAUAUACAAACCCUGGGUGAACCAUAUCAGUCUUUGUACAACUACACACCACGCAAUGAAGAUGAGUUGGAAUUGAGGGAAGGAGAUGUGAUCGAUGUCAUGGAAAAAUGUGAUGAUGGCUGGUUUGUAGGGACAUCAAGAAGGACUAAAUUCUUUGGAACUUUCCCUGGAAACUACGUGAAGAGGCUGUGAAUAAAUGUUGUUAUCCUGCUGCUGCCUGACACUGCAUAUUUCUGUGAGAUUGCUGGGAAGCACGCUUCUGUUUUCUAACCAGAUCCAAGUAUCAUCCCUGCUGCUGCCAACAUCAACAAGCAGUAUUAGAGUUCAAUGGACACAUUUCUUGCUACAGCUCAGUCUACACCAUCACUACUCAUUAUUUGCUCUCCUUGCUUUUCACAAUUAUUUUAAUUCCUUUUUAUGUUAUUCUGAGCAACAGGUGCUACAGUCUCAGAUUAGCAGUGAUUCACAGCAGUGAUUCACAUGGCUCCAGCUAUAGAUGUAAGUACAAUGCCAGGCAUGAUGUGGUGCAGGGCUACUUGUUCUUAUCUCUAUGAAGGAACAGAGACAUCUAGCUUUAGUCGAAUGCGUUAGUUAAUAAAACAUAAGGUCCCGCAGAGCAAAACCGGUUAGAUGUGGUGAUUUAAGUACAAACGUUGGAACCAGUGAUACUUUAGGUACUUAUAAAUGAGUAUAACGCAUCAUUAUCACACUAUUACAAAUCGAUUCGCCACUGAUUUCCCCAAAAUACAUCUGGCAAUUUCUUAACUGCUAAAAACCUGUAUAUAAGCAUUAACCUUCUUAUUGGUAAAGUCAUUAAAAGCUACAGUGGCAGCACACUGGGCCUAGCUCUAUGGCCUGGUAUAGUUUUGUUAGUAACGGGCAACUGAAUUCUUUAAACCUGAAUAAUGAAGGAUAACAACAUUCUAUAAAACAGGACUCAUGGGGAUAUGAGACAGUGUCUUGUAGGCCUUAGCAGAACCAGGGGUCCAGAUGGUAAGAGAUCAGCAUUUUUUUAUGACCACAUCACAUUAAAGUAGGGAUGCACUGAAUCCAGGAUUCAGUACAGGAUUCGGCCUUUUUCAGCAGGAAUCGGCCAAAGCCUUCUGCCCGGCCAAACC